UGAAGUUUGAAGGAGUGUUGGAAGAAUAUAAUGUUGAAUUUUGGGCCAGUGGUUGUGGCUGUGGUCCUAUACGUGCUUUUAAUGCCUGGGUUGCUUUUUCAGGUACCUGGUCGCACAAGGUGCGUCGAGUUUGGAAACUUCCAGACAAGUGGUGCUUCCAUUCUCGUUCAUUCUCUCCUCUACUUUGGUCUCAUUUGUCUCUUCUUGAUCGCCAUUAAGGUCCACUUUUACAUAGGCUAACAACCACUUCAUCUUGGUCAACACUAUAGACUAUAUUAUAUUCAUCUUUUUUUUUAUGUUUCAUUUCCUACACUUUGCUAUGUUCUCCAGUUCUUAUUCUAAAGUAACAACUACGUUUGUAUUCUCUUUCGUUUUCAUGCUUUUGU